AGUAGUCUGCACAAUAUGAAAUCGAUCGGUCGGCUCAACAAGAGGAAAGUUUUUGCAGAUUCUGACCCAGAAAAAGAAGAAGAAGCGAAAUCUCCGCCGAAAAAGAAAUCUAAGCGUUCAUCACGAUGCUUCAAUCAAAAUCGAACUCCCGAUCAAAAAACUCGAGAUUCUGCAGGAUUUUCCAAGAAUGUAUUUGUAGCUUCUUUCCAAUCAUUCUUCAAAAGAUCAAAAAUCUGGCCACUUCUGACUAUCCGUGGACCGUAUAUUCAUAUUGUGACCAGGCUUAGCAAUAGUUCGAUCAAAAAUCGUCCAUUCUACUGUCUUAUUCGCGAAAUCUUAGAGAAAGUUCAUGAAAGAACAUUAGAAUACAGGGACGUUGACAUUCCAAAAAUCACACAGCGAUCCGAUGUCUCAAAUAAGCCCCGAGUUGAGAAUGUGAUGGCCAUAACGGAAAAAAUGUGUCAAAAAGUGUUCCGAUUAAAAAAUGAAAAUGGAUUAUCGAUUGAUUUAUACGAAGACGGAAUGAUUGCGCCACUUCGAAAUGUUUUCUUCAAAAAAGUAACUAGAAUUCCAUAUGAUUCAAGCACGGAAAUUCGAGAUCGCCUGUCUACUCUCUGCCAGAAAAGGAAUAUUUAUGUGACAAGAGAAGAAUUAGAAGAUGGAAGAAAUGCGUUCGUACAAUAUUGUUAUAAUCUUUCACUAGAUUUAUUUCUACAUAUCCUUUCAACAAAUGUUAAUAAAUUCACUGGCAGUGUGCAGAUUCAGGCCUUUCGAACAUCUGAAGUUCACUCAAAUCUUCAAAUUCACACCGAUACGACAUGGUUCGGUGGAUCGGCUAGGCUGAAGUCAAUUACUUCGUCGACAUUAGAACGUGGACGUCCGCCUGCUUCAUUAUGGCUCACAAUCCCAUGUGAAGAAAAAGAGCAUCUUUUGGAGCAUGUAUUCGAGCAUGGUCUCAUUCAAUUGAUGCCAGACGGUGCUAAGACAUUUUUUGACGCUUGGAUGAUUGGGGUUCGGAAAAGAAUGAGAAAACGAUUGACAAGUGGAGAUUUGAGACAAGUAGUGGAGACCGUAAUGUCAGAAAGUUCAUACAACAGAGAAAUGACACUCAACGAUGAUCGAAUAGAGCAAUUCGUUGUCAAAAUGAUUGACAAUGUGCUUAACACAAAAAAACUUAAAAUCUUUGAUGGAAAAUGGAAGGACUUUACUAUUGAUCUGAUUAAAAAUAUGAAAGGAAACCCAUUCGGAGAAUUCCCUGAUUGCCAGAAAAUUAUUGGAGAUGUUUGUGAAAAGAUGAAACCAUCAUAUCUUUCUCAGCUAACUACUCUGUUCUCCAGUUCACCAUCCGAUCAGUCAAUGCUCGCCCACACUCUACUACAACUUCUUCGAUUCGUGGUGUGUCUCUCUUUGAACACUAUUCGACAUGCUUUUCACUUCCAUCGUGAAACGUUCACCGUCUCUUUCGACGGACAACUUGAUGAUGAAGUUACUGAUUUUGAUGAUUUCGAUCAGACAAUUUUUUGUGAGUCAUCAUCUGCCAACUCGUCCUGCUACCCAACACCACCAAUUGAACGUCACAUUUUGAGACCUCGCGUGACUCUACUACCAACUCCAACUCUUGUUUUUGUUCCAAUUUCGCCUGUAAAGAAUCUUCCGAGUGAUUUUAAUCCUCGAAUUCCUCCUCCUCAAAUUUACUCGUCACCUGGGCAAGCCUUGUUCAAUCCAACAAACCUCUACCCAACUCCACCAUCGUCACUACCGAAUACAUAUGUACCGAAUCAGGAAUCCUUCGAUGAGAGCGUGAAUCGAGAUAAAAAAUCAUUCAUUUUCAACAAUCACUCGAAAGCCAACUUCUCAAAUCCAACGUUAACGGCAGAAGUGACAGAAGAAGAACUUCUAAGUGCCCGAGCACUCCGAACACCGUCAGUUGUCAGUGGAUCAAUGCUUAAUCAACUGGAUGAUGAGGAUGGGGAUUUACCGAAGAAAUGGGUCAAUGCUUAUAAGCUAACGUUGGAAUGGAAUCAAGAUCUGAAGUCUGAACUGGAAAAAGUGAAAAAUCGCUUGGAUAAACUUUCAUGACAUAACCUUGUUAUUGAAUUUGUUUUGUUAUUUUCUUUGUUUGUUGUUAAAUUGUCUGUUAAUAUCAGUUCUAGCGUUCAUAAAUUUUUUGUUU